UUCUUCUGAUCGCCGUGAACGCCACAAGAUGUUGUCCAGGUUCGUCUUCUGCAUGGUGGCGGUGGGCAUCGCCCUUGGCGUGCCCCAGUACCGCCCCAGCCCUACCUACGGGAAACCGGAGCCUAAGUGUGACCCCGUGAGCGUCACUCAGACCAAAACCGAGGUGGUCACCACUACGUCCACGACAGUUGUUCCAGUCACCGAAGUCACGACCACCACCACCACCUUCACCUCGACCGUCACAGAAACGACGACCACGACCGAGGUCGAUACGUACACUGAUACGGUCACCGAGACGGUGACGACGACCGAAGUGUUCCCGACGACCGUCACCAGCACGGAUACGGUCUACUCGACUACGGUCGUCGUCGAAAACGAAGAGGUCGAGGUCACCAAGACCAAGACCGAGACGAAGAAGCAGUACAAGACCGUCUGCCCUAGGCCUAGCUAUGGCUAAAGGCUGUUUCUGGGUCGAAAUUUUUAGGGGGAAGGGUGGGGUUGUGUUGUCAGAGGAAGAACAGGUCCUUAGCCUAGUUUCUGUGGGGAGGGGGGUUGUUAGAGGAAUUGGCCCUAGGCCUAGCUAUGGCUAAAGGCUGCUUAUGGGUCGAAAUUUUGAGAGGGGGAAGGGGGAUGGGGGUUGUCAGAGGAAGAACAGGUCCUUAGUCUAGUUUCUGCGGGGAAGGGGGUUGUUAGAGGAACUGACCCUAGGCCUAGCUAUGGCUAGUAAGUUUCUGGUCGAAAUUUUGAGUGGGGAGGGAGGGGGGAAGUUGUUCAGACGAACUGGCUCUAGGUCUAGUUUUGACCAAAGGUUUCUGGUACAAGUUUUGAGGGAACGUCAAAGGAACUGUUUUUGAGAGGGAAUGAGAACUGUGGGGGCCCGUCCCCCCACCCCUAAAAAGUUCCAGGGAGCGAAUGAUUAGUGCGUGACAAAGUAACUUGAAAAAAAAAGUGACUUUCCAUCCGUCCAGUAACCAUUUUCUCACCCGGGAGAAUUCUGAAGACUUAUAAACUACUGUGAUCUAGAAUACUGUAUUAGAUUUAAAGAAUACAGAAGAUAGUAUAUAAUGAUUCAUAAAGCGUAUUUUCUUAAAAUAAUUACAAUGUAUACAUUUCUGUAGUGGUAAAACA